CUAGUCUCCCUCUAAUUUUCUCUCACUCCACUCAACACCCAAACAGAGAGAAAAUACCAUGGGAAGCUCAUAUGUUAAUGGCGGCGGAGAGCGGGGACUCGACGGCGCUGGCCCAGGAUCGGUCGACAAGGGUGUAGAUUACGCCAAUUACUUCUGCACUUACUCUUUCUUGUACCACCAGAAAGAAAUGCUUUCUGAUCGUGUUCGAAUGGAUGCUUAUUAUAACUCCAUUUCCCAGAACAAACACCAUUUUAUUGGCAAGACUGUGUUGGAUGUAGGAACUGGUAGUGGUAUCCUUGCAAUUUGGUCUGCACAAGCGGGUGCACGGAAGGUCUAUGCAGUGGAAGCUACAAAGAUGUCUGAGCAUGCUCGACUGCUUGUUAAAGCAAAUGGCCUUGAGGACAUUGUUGAAGUCAUUGAGGGUUCUAUGGAAGAUGUUACUCUUCCGGAAAAAGUUGAUGUAAUUAUAUCAGAGUGGAUGGGAUACUUUUUGCUUCGUGAGUCCAUGUUUGAUUCUGUGAUCUGUGCACGGGAUCGAUGGCUGAAGCCGACUGGAGUUAUGUAUCCAAGUCAUGCACGCAUAUGGUUGGCUCCUAUAAAAUCUCACUUGAUAGAUCAGAAAAGGGAUCACUAUGAUGGAACUAUGGAAGAAUGGCAUGGUUUUAUUGAUGACACUAGGAACUCCUAUGGUGUUGAUAUGAGUAUUCUCACAGAGCCUUUUACUGAUGAGCAGAAGAAAUACUACCUACAGACUUCAUUGUGGAACAACCUUCGUCCUGAACAAGUCAUCGGAACAGCUUCCAUCAUCAAGGAGAUGGAUUGUUUAACUGCUACGGUUGAAGAUAUCCUUGUUAUCAAAACUCAAUUUUUCUCAUCAAUCUUGGAGGAGGAUACAAAGUUCUCUGGAUUUGGAGGCUGGUUUGAUGUUCAUUUCCGAGGAAGAAGUGAAAGUCCUGCUACAACUGAGAUUGAGUUGUCAACUGCCCCAAGUAUUGAAAAUGGCACACAUUGGGGUCAGCAAGUCUUCCUCUUAAAUUCUCCCAUUCGAUGUAGUAAAGGAGAUAAUAUGAAUGUUUCUUUUGUGAUGAACCGUGCUAAAGAUAACCAUCGACUGUUAGAAGCUGAAUUUGGGUGUGAGUUCAAACUGGCGUCUGGCCAGCCACUCCAGCCGUUCAGGAAGAAGUUCUUCAUUGAGUGAGAAGUGAAACGGAUGAAGCAUUCUUCUUAGGAUUCUUACAAAAGUGCUGCUAUGACUCAGAAGACAUCAAGCAGAAGUCUGAUACUUCUCAGGAUAUGGUGAAUUCUAUUGGGAAGUUGUGGCCUUUCGUUAAAGCCUGAGAGGUAGUUAAUCUUUAAAUUCUCAAGCUUUUCUGCUGGUUUAUUGGAUAUACAAAUGUCAGCAAUUAUCGUGUUAAACUGAAUGACUACAAGGAUCCUAAAUUGGGUAUGACAAAAAUGGUUUGAGUUCAUCUGUAUUGGCUAAAACAGAGCUCACAGCGAGGCAAAUAUAAUUUUUGAAGUUGAAUGAUGUAAUGCAUAGUAGUAGAAAUAUUGAUGAAAUGAUGAGUAAUUUUAUAUGUUAGUAAUUUAGUAUCUUUUAAAAUUUUCUUGAUUGUC